UGCCAACUGGCGAUGAAGCUAAAAUGCAAGUCCUACAUUGUGAUGCUUUUGUCAUUGCUGAAAGUAGGGACCACUGAACCAAACAUUUGAUUGGCAAAUCCGCUGAUUUGGCGUGAAAGAUUUUAUUUGUUUUGUCUUUAACUUUGGAUUUUCAUUCUAAGAGAUGAACAAGGGCAGCAGCAGACUUAUCUACCAUAGCUGUCUGUUUCUUAACAAGAACCGUCUGCUAACAAAGCCAAGGUUCCCUGAAUGCUGUUGAAUUACCUGACGAAGCUACCACAGUCCCUUUGUGUGAAUCACAUUUAGAUAUGGUGAACCUAUCAAACCUAAAUCUUGUGAAGACUCCAAUUUCAAUGGACGCCCAAUCAAAUGGCGGAAACCAUGCCAACCUGAAGAAUGAUAGCGCAGAUGGUUAUGGCUCAUAUUGUUUGGCCAUAGAUAUUGAGAAAUCAAAAUUUGAGGAACCUAAAUCCACUGAGGAAAUGAGUGGGAACGUUAAGACGGAUGAUUGCAUAUCUAGGAUGUUUCAGAGAGAAAUUUCAUCACUGAUGGGAGGAAAGUUCAUGCAACUCCUGAUGAAUAACAGCUUUGAGCUGCCCAAAUUUGCUUGGAAAGAUAAAUGUUUGACCGAGAAGGUAUACGAUACACCUAGCAACAGAUUGAGAAAAUAUAAGCGCUCUGCAUCUUUUAAUUCAAGAAGAGUUGUUCUCCUUUUCUCAUUCCUGUCGAGCGUGGGGACAAUCAUACUCAUUUUUCUUACUCUAAGAGUUAGAAUGAGUGGUGAUUGGGCUGCUAAUGUGUAGCAUCUGCUUCUCUUGUCUUCCUGUCACGCCCAUCAUUUGUGAAAAGAGUUUGCUAGGUGUACACUUUUUAAUGAAUAUCUUUCUUGAUUGUAUUUUUCUUUAACUUUCAAUGAGUAGGUAUCCUUUGUCAUCUGUACAUAAAGUUAGCAGUUAGAACUUAGUAUACAAGCUGAUAAAUUUGAUGCAUAUUGUUCUCUA